AUGGUCGCCUCCCCCAACUUCCCAGGCAGGCGCGUCGGCAGGCAGGGAACGCCACGGCGCCCCAACGGACUGUCUCUGCAGGCGCUGGAUGAGACAAUACAGGAACGGAGAGGGUCUUGUCAAACCAACGUUCUUACCGCCUUCUCUGCCCUCUGGGGGGCCUCGUUGGAGCAACCGCAACGCCCACUUCGGGAGUUCUUGCUGCCACCAGCUGUGCCCAUCCGAGAGGUGUACACUACCCACCUUCUAGUCAACCUCCUUUGGUUCGCCAGAAACUACUACAACCUGGCCUUGUUGAUUUCUUUCGUGGUCUCCAUAUGCAUACCCUCCUACACCUUGAUUGUGAUUGUGAGCUGCAUGAUGCAACUUACGAAGCGGUACAUGUUUCGCAAUACGUUAGUAACGGCUUCCGACACUGCUAAGUCGACUCGAGAGGAAAGAGGUCGUAGCGGGAUAAUGGUGUUGCUGACGCUCCUACAGAUCUGUUGCUGCAUUUACGUCUGGUCUCUGACGGGGCUGUUUUCUAUUGUGAUGUGCAUUGCUGCCGUGGCGACGCCCAUAGUUGCUCAUGCCUUCUUAACACCCUACACGGAUGAGGCCUUCAAGCUUUACUAUGAGGUUCUCCGAGCGAAGGAUUUGCCACCUCCGAUGCCUCGCUCGCCGACGUGUUCGUUUUCCUCGGUGGACCCCGCGUUCGAUGUCCUCAGCAACCUGGAGGCUUUUUCCAUGAGUCCUCCACACCUUAGCAGUGAGAGAGUUGUCAAGCGAACGCUCUCUCGCUCCCUCUCGGCGCCCCGCCGCUCAAUCAGGGAGGCAACUUCGAAACUGCAUUGGCGAAUGCAGUCGCCUGAAGUUUUUGAUCGCGCAAGGCGAAGUGCCUUCUAG